AUGGCUCGUUCUAUUGAUACUCAUGAUGAGAUUGCCAUCGCCGAGAUCGUCAUCUACACUUUCCUCCUCUUUGGAGCAGUAUUCCUCUGCACAACCCACGGCUUCUCACGAAACGCUGGGUGGUUCUACAUCAUCAUCCUCUCGCUCGCCCGUCUAAUUGGAUCCUCUAUGCUUCUCGCUACUAUCAGCGAUCCCAACAACACAAAUCUCUACAUCGGUUGGAUCACACUUAACGGAAUCGGUCUUGGUCCAUUGAUCCUGAUUCUCCUGGGCCUUCUCGAUCGAUGCUUCCAGUGUAUUCAACAACAAGGCGGCAUUGCGAUCAACACUCUCUACCAACGUGGCAUCCGUCUGAUGAUGCUUGUUGCCGUCAUUCUUCUCUCCGUUGGCGGCGCCAGCUCCAACUACACCCUUGAUGGGGAUUCGCCUACUAUCAAGUACAGCACUGAGAGCAAAGUUGGUGUUGCCCUCAUGAUCGUUGUUCUCGUGCUGGUCGUCGGCCAGUAUAUUCUCGCUCUCCGCAACCGGUCCUACAUCGCCGACGGUGAGCGCCGACUUCUCAUCGCAGUUGGUGCUUCUCUUCCUUUUGUUGUCGUUCGACUUGCAUAUACUUGUCUUCUCAUUCUAGGUGGCCAGAAGCAGCAGGUCUGGCUGUAUCUUGGUGCUGGUGUCAUCAUGGAGAUGGUAGUAGUGAUCAUCUGCGAGGCUGUCGGUUUCACUCUUCGCAAGACUCAGAAGCCCGCACAGAGCGAACAGGCAAAGACUACUGCCUCUAACGAAGCAUGA